UCCACCCUCAUUUUCGGCCAAGGCUCAUCAAAACGAGAGGAAACCCCCUGAAAAAUACAUCCUCCAUAUCCAAGAACAAAGCCCAAGCAAUAGGAGUCCAAGGAGGAAGAUUAUAGAAGGAAAAAGCUAGGAAAAGGUGUGAAAACUAAGGAACUUGUAAAGGGUAUUUCAAGUGAUUUCACAAAGUUGGAAAAGUCGCCAGAGUCGUCGCCGGAGUUGACCAAAAGUCGCCGGAGUUUCACCGGAGUUCAACCAAGAAGGGUAGAACUUCAUAACGCUAGUUCAAGGUUGAAGCUAGAGCUUGCUACUUGCACCUUCUCACGGGCGAUAUCGCAUCAGGAAGACGUGAAAUGGAGGGCAGGCGAAUGGGGACCCGGAACAAUCCGAGGGGGCAGGCGCCGGUAGCAUCCCAAAGGGGAAGCCGGGCUGCAUCUCGGGGUUCGAGAGGAGGCCGUGGAGGCCGUGGAAGCCGUGGAGGUCAUAAAGCUCAAACUGUGAGUGAUGGCCAUGUGAGCUCGGUGUAUGAAACCAACACUGAGGACUAUGACUCAACCUACGUUCCAGAAACGGAGCAUGAGGAGACCCCGUAUGACGGGGGUGACACAUACACCGAUGAUGAUGAUGAAGAGAGUGAUGCCAAGUUCGCCCAAAUGGGCGAAUUGCUUGAGUGGUAUCAAAAAGAAAAACUGAGGAGAGACCUUAGGCGCCAAGCAAGGCGUGGCUCUCACGGUGGUUCGGGUCAAGGAAGCCGGGGAGCUUCAAGGGCCACUCCCGCGGCGUCACAUGGUGGGUGUGAAGGUGGUUUUUGUGUGAGAAUCUCCAAGUACCUCAAGGAGGCUAGGGCCUUGGGGUGUAAGUCCUUUGACGGCACCGGUGGUUCGGCUAGAUGCUUUUUUUUGUAAAUUCAAUAAUUUUAUUAUUUUAUGUUUAAUUAAGUAUAUUGCGCUUCAUGGCGAUAUUAUCGCACUAUUGGUCAUAUUCACUGCAGUACAAACUUUCUUAAUGCAUUCAUUCUCAUUGAAUAAAUUAUUUUUUCUCAUUGAAUAA